UCAGGUUGUCUGGAUCAGUAUCCAGAAUCUGAUUUCCAAACAAGUCAUUCGACAGCCAUGGCUAACUUCACACAAAACGAUACAAACGACUUUCCUAGUGGUUCAACCGAGUCUCAAAGCACGUGCCCAGAUCGAUAUCAUAACGGUAUCGCCAAUGGCGAGUCAACAGUUCUGACCGAAGUGAGCUUUAUCUUCGUCAUAAUCAUCAACAGCAUCGCAUGCGUCUGUACAACAACACUGAAUGUGCUGGUGAUAGUAGCAGUGAAAAGAAGACCAAGACUUCAGAGUAACACUAAUAUCCUGUUGGCCUGCCUAGCUGGAACAGAUUUGUUUUGCGGUGUCGCUGUGCAGCCAUCUCUCGUUGUCUGGAAGGUGUUUCAAGUCAGCGGUACCCCAAACAACUGCCUGCUUCGCGGAAUCCACAACGAUCUACUUGGAUAUCAGUCGCUUGUGUCGGUGCUCCAUUUAUCACUGGUAACCGGCGAAAGACUCAUUGCCAUCAAAUAUACCAUGCGGUAUCCUACGGUUGUCACCGUAAGGAACAUUCGGCUGGUGGUGAUAGCAACGUGGGUCUUGUCCACUCUGAUUGAAAUUCUUGGCAACGUUGUUAAUGGCCUGCCAGAAUACUUUGCCAGUUUAGUAGCAUUUAUUUUGAUGAGCUGUAUUCUAUUUAUAGUAUUUUCUUACGCAAUUUUGUUCGGUGAAAUUCGUCGCCACCAAAAAUUGAUCAAGACCCAACAGCUGCCUCAAGGUGAAAUAGACAGACAUGUCAGAGAUUACAAAGCCUUCAAGACCACCGUGUACAUCGUCAGCGCAGUACUGUUCAGCUUUCUACCCAUGGCAAUGGCUCUGCUCUUCAGGCCAAAGAAGGGGUAUGGUGGAUUAUACGACGUGUUCCUGCCAUGGUUUCGUACAUUCGCCAUGUUGAACUCUCUGUUAAACCCUUUGAUCUACUGCUGUAGACAGAAAGAGAUGAGGGACUAUAUUAUGGCAAUGUUUUCGCAAGCCAUCAAUCCGCAAAAUGUGAUUUGUUAAGCUUGUAAUCUGUAACAUCAAGGAAGUAAAACAUUUAUUAAAAUUGCACGUUUCCAUAAAUCGAUCCGCCAUGAUCAAACUGUAAAAAUUAAGUUCGUUCUCGAUCUCUAUGAAGUGAUAGUUGGACAAUAUAAACGUUUUUAUCGGGUUUAGGUGCAAUCAUCGUUCGAAUAUAAGUAGGCGUUACCAUAGUGUCUAUUUUUCACCCUGCACAUAACCCAUAUAAAAGCCUGGUAGACGACGGAAAA